AUGUGGAAGGGUUUGAUUGUGUUAUUGAGUUUUAGCGGCUUUGAAAUCAUUGCCGAUGGUGAAAGGAUCGCAGAGGAAAAGUGCAAAGAGUACCAGCAAUUAACUGCUUUGCGAAGUUAUAUUCUUCCACUACCAAUGCAUGCUCCACCAAUUGAUGUAACGUCUCACCGUUGUAAGAACGUCGUAGAACUUAUCGCUGGUGGUAAACCUGCUCAAAACGGCGAGUUCCCGCAUCAUGCCUUGCUGGGCUACAGCAAGAACGGUGCUAAAUAUGAGUAUAAGUGUGGUGGAACGCUUAUCAGUGAUCAACAUGUGCUGACCGCUGCUCAUUGCUUUGCUACGGAAUACCCAUCAGUUGUUAGACUUGGGGUAUACGACAUCUUAAAGGACGCCGGCCACGAGGUUGCCAUUGAAGGGUUUUUGAGGCAUCCCGACCACCGCUACACGAAAGUCUACCACGAUAUUGCACUAGUGAAGCUGGAACAGCGAGUGUUUUUAGAUGCAAAUAUCCGCCCGGCCUGUCUUUGGGACUCGGAGAUUCGCAACACCUCCAAGUACAUUGCGACCGGAUUUGGCAAGAAUGAAACGCAAGGGGAACGCACUACGCAAAUGAUGAAGGUAGUGUUGGAAGAGUUCCCGGUACAGGAUUGUUAUUCCAGGUACAGGUUUUCGUCGCGCUUUGGCCUUGGAAUAACCGACGGUCAACUGUGUGUUGGCAGCAAUACGAGGGGUCGAGAUACAUGCAUCGGAGACUCUGGCGGUCCGCUGCAGACGGUGACCAAUCCAACCACCUGCACGUUCCAUGUUGUCGGGGUUACAUCGACGGGUCUCGGUGGGUGCGGUGUUGGUAAGGCGAGAGCAGUAUACGUCAAGGUUUCCCAUUACAUCGGCUGGAUUGAAGACAACAUUGUAUGUUGUUUGAACUGUGAGUGA